ACCCAUCCGUGUAACAAUAUACACCUCUGUAUUGUGGAAUCCUGAAAUAUUAAUAAGUGUCGGGAUUGAUUUUACAAUAUAUUUCUUAAUCAAAUCCUUCAUUAGAAUUAAUGUGUGUAUCUCUCAAUAAACACGUAUUAGCAAACCGCGUAUGCGCCUAGUAGUCCGAGCUCUUUGGGCCGGUGCGUGUUUUAUGCCAACCACUUGGGUUGUAUUGUUUAUUUAAUUUAAUGCCUGUAUUUUAUCCAGAAGUUUCUUACCAAAUGAAUAGAAAAACGGAACAGAAAUUUGACUCGUUCAUCCUCCACUCAACAGGAAAUCGGUAAAGAUCUGAUAGCUAGUGGCUCAUUUCAUAUCAUUUGACUGGAAAAACAGCCGCAUUGAAAGACUUAACCGGAGCAUACACACAAAACUUAUUCCUUAUAAUUCCUAUCGAAAGAAAAGCUUCAUUUUCUACUCCAAUGGGUGGAAUUUAAUAAUUUACGACACUUUUUUACAAAAGUUAAAUCGAUUUGGAUUCUAAAGAGGGGAUGUUACAUGCCUCGUGCGUCUUGACGCGGUAAUUAGCGAGUGAGAUAAUCAGACUCGUUACCUGGGGCCGGCUGAUUCGGGGGACACGGAGAGCGGAAAUCUGAACCGACGACUGGAUCCUAUCUAAGACUUGGUGAAAGAAAAUCAUUAUAAGUAGGUUCAUUAACAAUAGGAGAAACGAUUUCACCUGACAUCUAAGGCAAAAGUCACGCUUUGUGCCCUAUACCGUCAAUCACAGAAACCGUCGGUGUUUGACUAUGGAGAUAAGUUAAUAAUAUUGAGAAACUUUUUUUUCCUGCUUCGGAUCUAAUAAAGACAGUGCGAUAUUAGUUAAAGACUUUAUCAGUGUGUGAAAUAUUUUACAAUGUCUAAAGUACAUGCAGUCUCCCUGUAACAAGCAGUGGACUAUGGUAAGAGGAGGACACGAAGUACUGGAACAUUAUCGCAUCUGGUAUCUGUAUAUAUUCUAAAGGUCAAGUAACACUUAUUUGAAUGAAACUUUUUUGGUUGGAUUUAAAACGUUGCGCUCACAGCUUGAUUGAAUUCAGCUUCUUAAUCAUAUGAGAUAACCAACAGAUGUUAUAGGGAUGCUACAGACCGUCCUCCACUGCGAUAUGUGAGCUUUCAUUUUAAAAAAACUUAUCAACGUUAAUUAGAAGUUUUCUGGAUGUGACUUCAUAACUUUGAUAACCAUAAGAUGAAAACGCAGAUUGAGUUGAAAUUAUCUCGGAUCAUUUGGUUGUUAGACUCCCUCUUGAAAGUUCUGCUCGCCCUGGAAGACGUCUCGGUGUACACACAGCCGACAUUUGAAAAUACUUCUGACGUCACGGCCAUUGCUGGAACAAAUGCAGAGCUCAGAUGUAAAGUCCAUCAUCUUAAAAACUACACGGUGGUGUGGAUGAACCCUAGAGGAACGGUGAUAACCCGAGACGUAACCAAAGUGACAGACGACAUUAGAAUAAGUAUAGAACGGAAGUUAAGGGAGGACUGGAAUAUUCUCAUUCGGAACAUCUCCUACCAGGACAGGGGCGACUACAGCUGCAUUGUCAACACAGUACCGAUUCCGCAAAUUAAACGCGUCCAUUUACAUGUCAACGUACCCCCAUCGAUUAUUGAUUAUGCAUCGUCGAGGUCGGGUAUGUACGUCCGAGAGGGAGAAACUGUUCAGCUGGUCUGUAACGCCACGGGAUACCCUCCUCCACGGAUUCACUGGUUCCGCAACAAACACAUCAACGUAACUAACCUACCCGGAGACACGCUCAUAAUACGAAAUAUCACACGACAUUGUGCAGGGGAAUAUGAAUGCAGAGCCAACAACGGACUGCCGAUGGAAGCGAGUCGCGUCUUCAGAAUUAUAGUACAAUUUGCGCCGGAAGUGAACGCUCUUGUACCGCGGUUGGGGAUCACUCUGGGUUCUGAGACGGUGCUACAGUGCAGUUGCGCCGCCUCCCCUAUCGGAAUAUGUGAGUGGCGGAAGGACGGGCGGGACCUCCACAUCUCCGGAAAGUACGAACCCAACACAUACAAAGACGACCCAGAGACCAUAACUCUCAGUCUCACCAUAUUUCACAUCCGGCAGGAAGACCUGGGAUUAUAUGAAUGCCACGCGAAAAACUUGAUGGGAGAAGACAGCGAUUAUACAGAUCUAUAUGUGUACAAAUCCCCCAUUCCGUCCACUUCACCUCCUAUUCCUACCACAAAGUUUGCAAACCCUGGAUCCCGGUAUCGCACGGUGAAGACCAACCCUCCACGAAAUCCGUUUGCUAACCCGUUCCCUGAUGAAAGCUUUGUGGUAUUAAGACCUUCAACCAUAAAAACACCCUCCAAAUACUCCGCUGACAGUAAUGGCUCAAGAUCUGGUGUCUACAGACAUCUGGUGAUUGUCGUGAUAGGACUCCACACGCUUCUGAGUCGGUCAUUGUGAAUAUCUUCCUACGACAGUGAUGAAUACCUCAAUUUUCCAAACCAAAGAGAACGAACGAGUACUGUACCGCGUGAAAUGUAGUUUAUGGGGAAUAUGGUUUUACUUUUUGUAUUAUGUUUAAAGAAAUGAGUUGCGUGUGGGAGACUGUGUAGAAGAUACUCAUGUAAAAAUGAAGAAUGACGAGAUGAAAACACGGUGUAUCCCAGCAUUUUAAUCUUGGAUAUUUCACAAAUUAAUCCUUUACAUCACUCGAUAUGUGGGGAAUCAGUCAUCAAUUUAGGCCGAUUAAUUCAUAUAUCAGCUUCUACUGGUGGCUGUCGACGAGUGUCUGAAGUUUGAGCAAAACCUGGAAAUUGAUGCUGCGAGAGAACGCGGACUGACAGCACCGCCUGACAACUUCAGUGUCUGUUGAUUUGAAAAUACAAUGGACCCGAUUCUGUGUUGUGCUUUUGUUUCAAUAAUUCACAUGAAUUUUAUUGAUUUCAUUUAAAAGGCUUUCACUCUUAGCUUGAAAAGCUUAAUAAUUACAUGUAUAAUAUAAAUUUCUUCAUCUACAUGUACAUAGUGUAGGUAUAACUUAUAUUGUUUGUCAUCUUGUACAUUGCUUGUAAGAAUUGAAGUGUGAAGGGUAAAUGUAAGCAAAAUAGGAAAGAAAGAAUGUUUUGUUAACUUCACAUGUGGUAUUGCUUGUAUUAUAUAAUUAUGAUUUUCAUGGUGAAUUUGUUUACUUUUCUGGGAUAAUUUAUUAUUUAAAAAAAACAAAACAAACAAAAA